ACUAGUUGACAAAAACUGGAAAGAGUGAUCACAGAUCAUUUCCUGUGGGAUCUAUUUGUUUUGCUUUGGUAAAUACUGACUAAUCUCUGACAGACCUCUGCUGAAACUCACAUAAAAAAGAAAAAAAAUCCUCUAUUCAAAGCAACAAAUUCAAGUUAUUUCAAUAGUCCCCCCUCUGUCAGCUGAUUUGCAUUACAACACAUUUUGAAUUUGAGGAUUAUCCACUUUUUUAAUUUUUUGCUGUGAGCUAAUGGAAGCAUGUCAGAGCUGGCUGCUGACCAAAGGUUUUCCUCUUGCCUAAUUCACCCUGUUGCUGUGUGCACUUUGUGACAGCUGGCUUGUAGAUCGGCAGGAGAAUAUACGGGAUCCCUAUAACACAGAGUGAAAAAUGGACAAAGUGUUGGGACUGCUUCUGUUCCUGGUGCUGCUUCUCUGCCACAAAAGCAACACACAGUUACAAACCUCGUGUCCGUAUAACUGCCAGUGUUUCACUUCAGUCCAAAUCCUGUGUGCGGAAGAACGGAUGUCGUCUUUACCGAAGAACAUGUCCAGGCAAGUCAAGGAGUUUAUCGUGAUCAGAUCAACAGUAUCGUACCUGUUUGCCCAAACUUUAAAGGAGAGCCCCCAACUCACCAAACUCGUCUUCCUCAGUAAUGCCCUGCGCAGUAUUCACUCUCAGGCUUUCGAGCAUCUGAGUGAGCUGCAGGAGCUGGAGAUCAGUGGGAACCCCUGGCUGGAGUAUUUAUAUCUGGGAACUUUUUCCAAGCAGGGAAACCUGACUAAACUGUUGCUCAACUUCAACAUGUUCAAGACCGUGCUCCCUGGCAUGUUCGACUCUCUGAAAAAGCUAGAAACUCUGCAGAUGAAGGGCAACGUCAUAUCAAAUCUGCCUGCAUUCCUUCUGCUUCACCUCCACAAUCUGCGGGUCUUGGAUCUGUCCCAGAAUAAGAUUCAAGACGUGAAAAGGGAAACUUUUUCUGGCCCGGCCAAACUGGAGAUCCUGAAACUGAACAACAACCUCAUCAGCAAUCUCACAUCUGACUUGUUCCACAAUGUUUCACAGCUGGAAGAGCUUCACUUGGAAGGGAACAACAUAUCAGAACUCGCUGAUGAUAGCUUCUCCGUAUUAACCAAGCUGAAGGUCCUCAACCUCAGAGGGAACCUUCUCACGAGAUUCAGUGGUAAAUUGUUUGGAUUCAACGCCCCAAAUUUGAAGGAACUGAACCUUAAAGGCAACAUAUUGACCACGUUGUCCUCUCUGAGCAGUUUGACGUCCCUUACUGACUUCAUCUUGUCCUCAAACCAGCUCUCCGACCUUCCUGAGGACACUUUUAGAAAUGUUACAGCCCUGGAGAAUCUAGACCUGUCUGAAAACCAGCUCACCCUGCUACCAGAAACGGUCUUUAAUGAACUUUUCAGCAUCAAGGCGAUCCACCUCAACAAGAACAACCUGAGCAGGGUGGACGCCAAUCUGUUUGAGGACCAGUUGCUGAUUCAGCAGCUCUACCUGUCCGACAACCAGCUGGAAUCUCUUCCACUGGGCCUGUUGGACCCUUUUGUCAUCCAGCACACGGUGAGACUGCACGGGAACCCUUGGAAAUGCGACUGUCACAUGGGGUAUCUGCACGACUGGGUGCUGAGAAAUGGCCGAGAUGUGGAGAUGCUCGACAGGAUGCUCUGCUCUAGCCCUGGCUUCCUGAGAAGACGGGCAGUCGUGUCCAUCGACAAGGACCAGUUGGUGUGUGAGGUGUCUAGAGAUGCUACAACUGAUCUCAGUAGAUGUAGAGUACAAGCUUCCGGGGACACUGUGAUUGUCAAUUGCAAAGUGGACAAGUGCUCUCCACUUACAGUGAGGCUGCAGUUUCAGGAGGAUGACGGAAGCAUAACGGAGCAUUAUUUGAAACAUGAGUCAAAGUGUAGCAAUGACACAGUGAUUGAUAUUCCUGGUCUGUAGUUUUUCCUUGUUACUAGACUUUGUUCUCUGUGCAAAUACGUCGACAUGCAUCUGAGUCAUAUUAUAUGUUCUGACUGUCAGAGUCAAUACUGUAAACAAACCUGUAACGCAACAGCUGAUAACCAGCAACCAUGCAAGCUGCUGGACGAUAAAAGAGGUGGAUGAACCCUUUUCUUGGAAAGUUUAAAGUUCAACCAAUUGCAUUUUAAGAUUACUACUGAAAGGAACUGUGUGUAUAACAUGUUGAAUCUCCUGUAGUGAUGCUUCUGACCCCGUUGUUAAUGAUAUUCUAAUGUCAAACUGACAUUAACGCAAGACAACGCACUACAACGGCCCAAACACUUACAAAAGGAGAAACGGGCUGCAUUUUCGUAAAUAUAGAAACACAGAUGCCAAAACACAUCCUACAGAGUUCAUCUGUUUCAUAGUGUUUUGUCAGUAUAUUUGAAAUGACUAUAAGCUAUCUAGCUCACAGCAGAUCUGCAAUAAUAUCAGUUGACACAUUGUUAAAAUAAGCCGAUAAAACUUAAAUUUUAGGUACGUUUCCAGUGACAGUCGGCCAUCUUUAUUUUAGUUGCAUUGUUUUUGGAUUUGCAGCGAGCUUCUCCUAAUGGUAGUGUUUUGGGUCGUUGCAACUUUAUUGCCCGUGUCGGCCACCGUAUUCCCCGUGUCAAAGUGAAUUAUCAUUGGAAAACAUGUUGACAAAUGUUUGUGUUGUUACGGGAUCAGAUAUGAUGCAUUUUGCAC